AUGUUGCGUAAGGGAAACCAGGGGAAAAGUUCGGAGCCUAUUCUCUCGGACUUACAGCUAACGGGUGCGGUGAACAGGAGUGGAUCUCUCGAGAGCCAGGACACGGGAGCCGAGCCACCAGAAGGCGAGGCAAGGGCGAUCCACUGUGACGAAGCAGAAUAUCUGCAAUUCUCUGGAAGUACAUCACCACUGCGAGUCGAACAGCAGCAUUUCGGCGGCUAUUCCUCCUCGUCGUCAUUUGCAUGUGAAGCGGAGGCAGUUUCUGAGCGCUGUCUGCAAGUAAUAUUAGAGCAUGAGGAGGAGGCAGCUUCUUUAUCCCCCGCCAUUCUAUUGCAGAGACUCAAAGAGGUCCAAAGUGGCCGCCAAGGGGACGCAUUAUAUCCAGAUGAUUACGCUCCAGCUGACUGCCCUCAUGUAGGUCAGACUUCGACAACAAAUGAAGGGCCACAAACCAGCCAGCCAGUGGAUGGCGUGGCUUUUGAUGUCGACAAAACCACAUUCCGUCACAAGCCACACGUGGAGAGUGAACGAAACAGAGCAGAGACCCAGCAAGAUUCGCAAGUGCAGGAACAGGAUAUAGCUCUAUAUGCGACGCGUACCACAGCUAUUCUGUUGCUUUCUGGGCCAUCGCCAGUUCGACUUGAUGACUUGAGACGGUGUUGGAUGGCCUCUCCUAUGCUUCUUCGCAAGAGAAACCUCACAGCACUUAUCCUUAAUCGCACGGCAGGAAUAGCUGCAUCGUGUUUCGGCCUUCACCUCCUGUCCUUUCUAACCAAAGGCGAAGAGGAGCUUCGCGGGUUUUUGCUUUUUCUGAGCACGCAAUUUUUGUGCUUACAAGCGGAACUGCCCUUACGGACGUUAAAGUCUAGUCUGUGGAGUGUAGGCCGUCAAGAUCUUCUGCGAGACUUUGAUGGUGGGGUCACAUGUAGUUGCUUUUAG